CAGCAGAGGCGCACAACCUGAACCACCUGCGGUCGCGUGCAGAAGAUGAGGAGCUCGCGCGUGAUCCCGGGCUCACCGGCGCUCGUGCUGCUGCCGCUCCUGCUGCUGGCGGCGGGAUGCACCGACGCCUACAAACCUGUCAUCAUCGUUCACGGUAUUUUCGACGGACCCAGAGAGCUGGCGGGACUCUCUGGUUUUAUUGAGGAGUCACAUCCAGGAACGGAGGUGAUACUGAUCGAUCUGCUAAACUACAAAUUGAGCAUUGCACCAAUGUGGAAGCAGGUCAACGAGUUUGGAAAGGUCAUCAAAUCCAUCAUGCAGAGGUCACCUGAAGGCGUCCAUCUCCUCUGCUUUUCACAAGGUGGUCUGGUCUGCAGAGGAGUUCUCUCCCUGAUCCCAAACCACAACGUCCACACUUUCAUUUCUCUGUCCUCUCCUCUGGCCGGACAGUUCGGAGAUACGGAGUACGUGAACCGCCUCUUUCCUGACUGUGCAAAGACAAAAGUGCAUCUCUUUUGCUACAACAAAUGGGGGCAGAAGUUGUCCAUUUGUGAUUACUGGAAAGAUCCUCACUACACCUCUGCCUACCUGAGGAACAACCUUUUUCUGCCACUGCUGAACGGUGAAAAAGAGAACAGCUACAUGACAGAAUGGAAAGAAAACUUCCUUCGUAUCAAGAAGCUGGUGCUGAUUGGAGGACCUGACGAUGGCGUCAUCACUCCAUGGCAGUCCAGCCACUUUGCCUUCUAUGACAGCGAGGAAAACGUUGUUGAAAUGAGGAACCAGGAGUUUUAUGUGAAGGACACGUUUGGUCUGCGGACGCUGGACGCUCGAGGCGACCUGUCGGUGUGCGUUCAGUCCGGGGUGAAGCACGUGGAGUGGCACUCCAACUUCACAGUGUUCACCAGCUGCAUGGUGGAGUGGCUGGUGUGAAGAACACGCUGGUCUUCACCUGAUCUUCAACCAUGUCACACACUUGUGAAAAACGCUGCAGAAACUGCAGACCUUUAGGUCAAAGAUCUCCAACCGUUUCCAGGCCGGGGGCCGGUUUAAUGUCAGACAAUAUUUUCACCAACCGGCCUGCAUGAGGCUGAAGUCCAGUUUCCUUUAACUUUAGAGGAUAAUGUUUAUCAUCUUCUGUAAAAUAUCUGCAGCUGGUUUAAACUUUAUUCGUACAGAAACCACUAAAACGUGACAUCCUUUAAUCCAUAAAGUGUAAUAAUAAUAUCCAUGAU